AUGCGUGUUGCAGUUGCUGUUUCUGUGUCUGUUCGUGCGAAGAGGCCUCCCACUUCUCGGGGUAGACCUUGGCCGUUUCUGUUUGUGCAGUGCAGCACCUGUUAUGUUGGUGAUUUGGGUGGCGCUUGUUGUGCGCUGCAGCUCUCCUUGAGCGACACAAGCAUGUCACCGCUGCAGCGGAGUUUGGUGGUGAAGGCUCUCGUGGAGGACUGCCAAGACUUACGACUGACCGCAUCCAACCUGCAAGAAGAAUUGGACGAGUGCCCCGCCAGCCAUGUACUUGCUCGGGGUCGGCUGCAGCAGCAACUGCAGCACGUGCUGCAGCAGGCAUGCGAGCUCUUGUUGUUGCGCCACUGCUGCACUGCCCAGGCCUUUCCUUUGCCUUUUAUGAUAGAUUUCUCGGCCCCUGCCCUCUGUCCCUCCCCCCAAGACUAUGUCAGCCGCCUGCGGCACCAUUACCUUCGGCAGCAGCAGCCUCAACAACACGAAGAUGGACCCUUAGGCUCCUUGCCUCCAGAUCUGUGCCUUCUUGUCGAUAAGGGCCGCCGCAGUACCCAGUGGAUCGUUAGCAGCGUCUGCAGCAGCAGCAACAGGCUCCUGCUGCUGCUGCGGCUGCUGCCGAUGUUGAACGAUGCGUGCACCUCCUUGCUGCUGCAGGGGCUGCUGUCUGCCCCCGACGUCCUCAGCGAGGCUUGCCAGUGCGCCGAUGACAUCCUUGCUUCAGCGCGUGCUUCAGCAGCAACUGCAAACGGCGAAGACGGCUUGAGCAGCAGCUUGUUCGAAGAGGUCAUGCGGUCCUCAGGGACUACUGCAGCAGCCCUCGCGUCUGUUCAGGAGGGCAUGCUGCUGCAUGCGCUUCUGCAUCCUCCGGAAGGAAACGAACGCGCGACGCUUUGCGCACUUCUGCUCCUGGGAACGUUGCGAGUCUUUAGGGCUUCGGGGCCCUCGAGAGCCGCUGUCCUCUGCACCUUUGCAGACAUAUUGUGCUGGGGGAUGCAGCAAAGGAACGCCGCAGAUAUCGCUAAACACACCGUAUGUCGUUUUGGUGCCGCUAGAGCAGGAUCUUGUCUUCUAGCGCUCCUUACCCUGCAUUUACCCAAAGCAGAGGCUUUGGCAAAUCCUGGGCAGGUGGACGUGAUUACCCGUUUUCUGGGCCUGAUCACAGAUGCGCUGGUCACCCUCUUGGCUGGUGGUAUGCAGCAGCAGAGCGCUGCUCAGCAUAUCUGGAGACUGCGGCCCCUUAUCCGCUGUUUGUUGCAGCAAGCCAGGCAGUGCCCUGCAUGGGCAGCGACUGUAACGACAAAAGUGACAACGCUCCUCGGAGAGGCUGAAGCUAAAUCCUUCUUGGUGUCCCUCAUCUCCACGAGCGAAUUUUAG